GCAGACAUUUUUUCUCCCCCUCUCUCUCUCUGUCUCUCUCUGUCUCUCUCUCUCCUCGUCGGACAAUAAUAAAUUCCUGCGACUCCACCGACUUAAGAUAGCUCACUCGAAAACAACCGAACAUUCCCCACAGGGAAUAAGAGUGUAGCAAACUGCAAGAAUACUCUGACAGGGCCUGAAAAUGAACCAACUCGACUGGGUGAAUAACUCUAAUGCUCCACCAAAUAACCCUGUGAAGCGAAAUCGUGGUCGGCCACGCAACGAUCAAAGCCUAAAGCGUAGAGUGGUUGCGCCAAUGCCACCUGGAUUUGAAGCUAAGGCGAAUGGAAACCAACCCCAUCAACAACAUGUCAUCGAUAAUGCAAACGAUGGAAUGGUGGGUCAAACAGUCACUGGUGUAGUCCAGGCAGCAUUUGAUUCAGGUUAUUUGCUAACUGUUCGGAUUGGCAACUCUAAUGCCAGUCUCAGUGGUAUUGUCUUUACGCCAGGAAAUUUUGUUCCAAUCUCAAAAGAAAAUGAUGUGGCCCCAAAUGUUCGAACGAUUACAAGAAAUGAAGUUUUCUUCCCAAUGGAGAACCAAACUCGCAAACGUCGCCCUCGAUCCAAAGGGAGUACGGUGCAACAUCAUGGUCUUCGUGGGGUUGAAACCAUUCAUUUAUCGAAUGGAUUAACAGUAUCAAACAUUGUUAAGCCUCCUCCGGGCUUAAGAGGCACAGUGGUGCCUGUUGUACUCCAGCCAGUCAAUUUAUCAAAUGGAUUGCUAACUGGAAACCAAGUACCUCCAGUUCCAUCCCAAGCUAAUCAUGUAGCAGCCAUGAAAAUGACAGUUGGUUCGCAUAAUCAAAAUGACCCUCUCCAUCAGGGUUUAGAUGGAAAAUCGUUGGCAGAAGAUUCUGGUCGUGGUUUGGAAGGAGACAGCGUGAAUGAGCCUCUCUUUCUAGAACCGCUGCAAAUCAUAGAUUUUGAUAUUCCUAACCAAACGGAACCUGUUGCCAAGCCUUCAGGAGAUAAUUACAGAAUGGGAAUGGGAAAGAUGACCGCACUUUUGCAGGCUUUGCAGGGAAAUAGGACAGAACCAGGUGCCUAGAUUCCAAAACGCGGCCUCAGAAAAAUGAUCUUCGUCAUAAGAAAGCUAAGUGGAAUUAUCCAGUUAAUUUCCACCUGUCAAAUCGGACAUUUUGUGAAGCUCCAGGGACUGGAUUGAAGGUAAAGGCUGAAUAUUAGGAAAACUAGUGCGAGUUUAAAGUAUUCUCACCUUUGGAUUUUGUGUGGGUUGAGAAAUAAACUAACUCGCUUUUUGGUGUAACCCGGUCGUUUUGUAAUAUAGUGCCUGCAAAUGCCUAAGCAUGUUGCCAACUUUGUGCAUUACUACUCCUUGUACAUGAUAUGCCUACCCAAGUGCGUUUGUGGAACACCUUGACCGUACCUAUUUCCGUUUUUGUUUUAAGUUUGAAUUCUGCAGUGAUCUUCUAGCCGCAGAUUAUUUUGAAUCACAUAUUACCUCUUGCAGAUUAUGUGAUUCAUCUCUUCUAA